AAGCCUUUUUCAGCGGCUUGGUUUUGGCAGCACGGCCCCACCUGUGCAUAGUUUUUGACAGCUAUUAGAAUAGUUGCAAAACGUGUACUUCAAGCAAGCCAUCCAUCAGGCGGAUGCGCGGGCGGACUGCCCUGAACUAUAGGUCGUAGGUCUUCAACAUAAAAGGCAUCGGCCAAAAAUGACAUCUCAGCGGUCGCACGAAGACACGAACUGGCGGGCGGCCCUCGAGGAAUACCGGGCGGCGAAGGACCGCGCGGCCGGCGCGUUCCGUCCCGACGCGAAGACGUGCGCAGAUCUCCUCGCGCGCGUCGCCGGUGUCGUGCGCAAAGGGCGCAGCAGCCCCGCGGGCCACGACGAUGCCACGCAGCGCGCGGCGGCGGCGCGUGAGAUAGUGGACGCCCCGCGUGGAACUUGGUUUCUCGGCGCCGACGCAGCCGCGCGGCAGACAUCGGGAGGAGGGUGCAAGGGCGCCGCGACGUCCGACGUCCGCGCAGGUGGACGACCUGGAGCGGUCGGACGUCGCGACGACGGAGGCGACGUACGCGCUCCUCGCGCGCGCGUGCGCCGCAGCCGGGGACGCGGACGCCGCGACUGCCGCGCUCGCGCGCGCGCGGGCGGCGCACGUCGCUGUCCGGCGCCGCGCGUACGCGCCCGUGCUGGCGCUGCGCUGCGCCCGGGGCGAGCUGGACCGGGCGCUCGCGCUCGCGCGCGACGCGGCGGCGGGGGGCGUCGCCCUGGGCGCGGCGGACCAUGCGGCGCUCCUCGCCUGCGCGGGCGGCGCGGGGCGGCGCGACCGCGUGCCGGACCUGCUCGCCGCGUACGCGCGCGACGUGCCCGUCGCGCCCGCGCCCGAGCCCGCGUGGGGCGCCGUGCUGGCGUGCGCGCCGCGCGCGUGGCGCGGCGCCCGGUUCGCGCGCGUCGACGCCGCGAGCGGCGCGUGCGGCGCGUGCGGCGCGACGCUCCGCUCCGUGGGAAUCGGCGCGGCCGCGCGCCGAGCGCUCGCGGCGCGCGUCGCGAGCCUCGCGCUCCAGGCGUGCGGCGCCGCGCGCUGGGCGGCCUUCGAGCGGUGGCUGCGCGCUGUGUGGAGAAUAUUGCGGAGACCUUCGUGACAACGUCGCGUCGAUGGCGUAGAAUCUCCACGCCAUCGAGAGAUGCAGUUAGGGGACGACAUCGGGUCGAUGGCGCGGGGCGUCCGAAAUUUGAUUUCCACACAGGCUGCGCGGGUCAGCGCACGACUGCGUCGUCGACGGCGCGAACGCGGGCUUCGCGGGCGGCGCGCCGGCGCUCGAGCUCCGGCGCGUCGACGCCGUGGUGCGGGCCUGCGAGCGCCGCGGGCGGCGCGUGCUCGUCGUGCUCCACGCGCGCCACGUCGCCCGCGCGGCGCCGCGCGACCGGCCGCUGGUGCGCGCCUGGCGGCGCCGGGCGCAGCUGUACGCGUGCGCGGCGGGCGGCAACGACGACUGGUACUGGCUCGCGGCGGCCGUCGCCGCCGGCGACGCGGGCUGGCUCGUGUCCAACGACGAGAUGCGCGACCACCACUUCGGUAUGCUCAGCCGGGGGGACUUCCUCCAGUGGAAGGCGCGGACCGUCGUGAAGUUCGAGAUGGACGGCGGGGACGUGGCCCUGGCCCCGCCGCCGCCGUACUCGGAGAGCGCGCAGUUUGACGCGGGUGGGUGGCAUGUGCCGGCGCGCGUGGGGGCGGGCGCCGGCGAGGCAUCUGCCGCCACCGUGGUCGUGCGGCGGCCCGCCCCCGGCGCGCUCGCGUGGCUCUGUUGCGCGCCGGCCCGAGCGUUCGAAGUCAGCAACAAAAGUGAGUAACCUCUAAAGGUCUACGUAGUAAGGAGCCUGGGAAGG